GUUUCCUCCCCUCCCACUUUCACCCCCAUUGUGGCAAAACCUCCGGCUCUCUCUCUCACACACACACACACACGCACGCACGCUCACUUUGCCAGACUUCCAGGAGUUGCAGGGACCGACCGAAGACGGAACACCGACAUCGACUUUAAAAAGAAAAGAAAAAAGGAAACGCGUGUGUUUUUUCGUGCAUGGAUCUACUUUCUUCUCUUGGGGGAGUUCAGGGAGCCGCGAUGGUCGCCGUCGCCGGGGCUUCUGGAGACGUUACACGGAGAGAGAAAGGACACGCGACCUCCACGACGCAAAGUUUUAAAAAGUAGUUUUCCCUUGAAGUUUUUUUUUCCCUCCCCCUUCCGCCACCAGCUCUCUCUCCCCCUCUCUCUCUUUCUCUCUCCCUCGCGGCCGUCAUGGCGAGGCGCGGCGGGGACGACCCGAGCGCGCGCGCCGCUUCCCGGGGCGAACGCCGUCGCUUCCACGGGGGAUUAGGCGCCUUUUCCUGGAGCGUCGCUCUGAUCUGCUCGGCGCUUUCCUGCGGAUAUUGCGCCGCCGACGCGGAGUUUUCCAUCCUGGAGGAAGCGCAGGUUUUGUCCGAUCAGAUGAGGCGUCUGUCCUCGCAGGAGCUGGGAGUCCUCACCAUGCAGACGAUCUUCAACUCGUUUUCAUACAAUGAGAAAACAUCCAACGGAGAAACAGAAGUGCAGCAGCUGGCUAAGAAGAUCCGUGAAAAGUUCAAUCGCUACCUGGACGUGGUGAACCGGAACAAGCAGGUGGUGGAGGCCUCGUACACCGCUCACCUCACCUCUCCACUCACAGCCAUACAGGACUGCUGCUCCAUCCCCGCAUCCAUGAUGGAGUUUGAUGGAAACUUCAACACCAAUGUCUCCAAGACCAUCUGCUGCGACAGACUUUCCCCCAACGUCAACAGCCGAGCUUUCAACCCUGGGCGGGACCUCAACUCAGUGUUGGCAGACAACCUGAAGUCCAACCCAGGGAUAAAGUGGCAGUACUUCAGCUCGGAGGAGGGCAUCUUCACACUCUUCCCGGCACACAAGUUUCAGUGCAAGGGAAGUUACGAGCACCGCAGCAGGCCUGUGUAUGUGUCUGCAGUGCUGCCCCAGUCCAAGCACAUCGUGGUGAUGGUGGACCACGGCGCGUCUGUAACCGACACCCAGCUUCAGAUCGCCAGAGACUCGGCGCUGGUCAUCCUCAACGCCGCCGAUGAGCAUGACAAGAUCUCCAUUUUGUCAGUGGCAGAGGCGGUUCGCUCCUGUUCUCUGGACCAGUGCUACAAGAGUUUGCUCUCUCCGGCCACCAGCGAGACCAAGAGGAAGAUGAGCACCUUCAUCUCCAACAUCAAGGCGUCGGAUGGAGCCACGCAGCACGCAGCGGGCUUCCAGAAGGCCUUCCAGCUGAUCCGGAAUACCAGCAGCAUCUGCAAGCAGAGUGCCACCACUGACAUGGUGAUCAUCUACCUGUCGUCUGGUAUCACGUCUCGAGAGUCGUCGGAGCAGGAGAAGAGAGCGACGCUCAGCGUGGUCAGAGAGGAGAACCGACACCUCAACAACUCGGUCAUGAUCCUCACGUACGCUCUUAUGAACGAGGGAGUAACAGGCCUGAAGGAGCUGGCCUUCUUGAGGGAUCUCGCGGAGCAGAAUUCGGUUAAGUACGGCGUGGACCGGACGUCGGGCCGAGACCGCUCGUCUGGGUCGGGAGGAGCCUCGGUGAUGCCGGUGGUGAAGGGAAGCAUGAUGGUACUGAACCAGCUGAGUAACCUGGAGACGACGGUGGGCCGCUUCUACAUCAAUCUCCCCAAUCGCAUGAUCGACCUGGCCCGCUUCAGUCUGCCCUACACCGACCCCAUGGGGGAUGGUUUCAUUAUGACCGUGAGCCGGCCGUGUUAUUUCGGCAACCUUCUCCUGGGCGUGGUCGGGGUGGAUGUGAACCUGGCGUACAUCUUGGAGGACGUCACCUACUACCAAGACUCACUGGCCUCGUACACCUUCCUCAUCGACAACAAAGGUUACACCCUGAUGCAUCCAUCGCUGACACAGCCCUUCUUGAUGACGGAGCCUCCCCUUCACACUGACAUCAUCCACUAUGAGAACAUCCCAGGAUUCCCUGCUGUGCGGCAGAACAUUCUCGGCCUCCCUCUGGGCAGUCAGGUCAUUUCUGUCCCGGUCAACUCGUCUCUGUCCUGGCACACCAACCGACUCCGGGACAACAGCAAAGACGCGUACAACGUCAGCUAUGCGUGGAAGCUGGUUCAGGACACGUCGUUCAUCCUUUGCAUCGUGUACGUACAACCGGAGAUCCCAGUGAAGCACCUGAAGAACCUCAACACAGUCCCCAGCUCCAAGUUACUCUACCAUCGUUUGGACCUGCUGGGUCAGCCCAGCUCCUGCCUGCACUUCAAACAGCUGGCCACUGUUGAGUCCCCCACUGUGAUGUUGGCAGCUGGAAGUUUCUCUUCUCCCUACGAGCACCUCAGCCAGCCAGAAACUAAGCGCAUGGUGGAGCACUACACCGCCUACCUGAGUGAUAACACCCGGCUCAUAGCCAACCCAGGCCUCAAGUCCUCCGUCAGGAACGAGGUUAUGGCGACCAGUCACGUCACGGAUGAGUGGAUGACACUAAUGGAAAUGAGUAGCCUCAACUGCUACAUUGUGCGCCGUUACAUAGCAACGCCCAGUGGGGUGCUCCGGAUUUACCCGGGAUCACUGAUGGACAAAGCCUUCGACCCCACCCGCAGACAAUGGUACCAGCAUGCAGUGGCUAACCCCGGCCUCAUCACCUUCACUGGACCGUACCUGGAUGUGGGCGGGUCAGGCUACGUUGUGACCAUCAGCCACACCAUUCAUGCCUCCAGCUCUCAGAUGGCCCCUGGAUAUGCAUUUGCAGUGAUGGGCAUAGACUUCACCCUCCGCUACUUCUAUAAGGUCCUACUGGACCUGCUGCCCAUCUGCAACCAGGACAAGGGCAACAAGAUCAGGUGCUUCAUAAUGGAAGACAGAGGGUACCUGGUCGCUCACCCCACUCUCAUUGACCCCAAAGGUCACGCCCCUGCAGAGCAACAGCACAUCACACACAAGGAGCCGCUGGUGGCCAACGACAUCCUUAACCAUCCCAACUUUGUCAAGAAGAACCUGUGCAACAGCUUCAGUGACCGCACCGUGCAGCGCUUCUACAAGUUCAACACCAGUAUCAUGGGAGACCUAACGAACCUGGUGCACGGUAGCCAUUGUUCCAAGUACCGUCUGACCCGGAUCCCCGGCACCAACGCCUUCGCUGGUAUCGUCAACGAGACGUGUGACUCUCUGGCGUUCUGCGCCUGCAGCACCGUGGACCGCCUCUGUCUCAACUGCCACAGAAUGGAGCAGAAUGAAUGCGAGUGUCCUUGUGAGUGUCCGCUGGAGGUCAAUGAGUGUACUGGAAACCUCACCAAUGCUGAAAACAGGAACCCGAGCUGCGAGGUGCAUCAGGAGCCUGUCAGCCUGAAUGUGAUUGAUUCCAGUCUGCAGGAUACGCUGCCCCAGUGCAUCAACACUCGCUGUAACCAGAGAUACACCAGCAGUGACUGUUUCGGUGUGCUGGACUGUGAGUGGUGCAUGGUGGACAGUGAUGGUAAAACUCAUCUCGACAAGCCCUACUGUGCCCUUCAGAAGGAAUGUUUCGGUGGCAUCGUCGGCGCAAAGAGCCCCUAUGCGGAUGGCCUGGGAGUCCUCGCAGACGAGGAGGUGGCAUCUCUGAACAUGAUCAAGAGCGCCCCCGUGGGUCCGGUCGCUGGGGGCAUUAUGGGAUGCAUCAUGGUGUUGGUGCUGGCCGUGUACGCGUACAGACACCAGAUCCACAGGCGAUCCCACCAGCACAUGUCACCACUGGCAGCACAGGAAAUGUCGGUGAGAAUGUCCAACCUGGACAACGAAAGAGACGAGCGGGACGAAGACAGCCACGAGGACAGAGGAAUCAUCAGUAACACUCGGUUCAUCGCUGCGGUGAUCGAGCGGCACACUCACACGCCUGAACGGAGACGGAGGUACUGGGGUCGAUCCGGGACAGAGAGUGACCACGGCUACAGCACCAUGAGUCCGCAGGAGGACAGCGAGAAUCCACCGGGGAACAACGACCCGCUCUCAGCCGGAGUGGACGUCGGUAACCACGACGACGACCUCGACCUAGACACGCCCCCUCAGACAGCGGCGUUGCUCAGCCACAAGUUUCACCCCUACCGGCACACGCAUGCGCACCACCACCCGCUGCACAUGCACACGCACCACCUGCAGGCCGCGGUCACCGUGCACAGCGUGGAUGCAGAGUGCUGAUCGGCGGCGCUGCGUUCGCCCCUCUGCCGGGGAAGGAACUUGUUUUUAUAUUAAGAAAAAAAGGACAAUUUAAAAAAAAACAUUUUUGCUCGAUUAGUAGGUACCGUCAGGAUUGACGGACGGAGAGAGAAGCGACAGCUGAACUCGCACCGUCAAAGCCGCUGGGAACUUCUCCAUCAUUUGACGUUUAAAUAUGGGUGUUCGCCUCAUUGUCUCGUUGUGCCAACCUUUCAUUUUGAACCCCCCCCCCCCCUCAGCAGAGGGCACAAAAACGCAGUUUGAGCCAGUUGACUGAGAAGAGGACACACCUGGAACCUAAAAUCCUGAAGGAAGAAGGGAUGCCUUCAUUUCAAACCUGAAGGCCGUAGAAGAUACUAAUAUGAUCACAUUAAAGUGGAACUCUAGAUGCUGAGUGGACCCCAACAUCCCCACUAAGGGGGGCCGGAGGGGACCAGAGCCGCCUCCUUCUUUGUUAAACCGUCUCAAAUGAAGAUUACAAAUACUGUAUUUUUACAUAGACUGGGAUCUAAUAUGGGAUUCUAUUACAGCUUUAUUCUCAGUUUUGUAGAUCGACACUCCUCAGUUUGUGUUCUCUGAAAGAUAUUAGGACAUUGUCACAAGUGUCCAGAAAGAAUUCAAAUAACUACAGGAAGACACUUAAAGGAGGAAAAGAUUAUUUUUCUACUAUUUAUUGAAGAUGCAGAUUUUCCAUGUCAGAUAAAUAGCAGCAGCAAACAGAACAAGAAAGUAGUCAGAACAAGCAAAAUGUAACAACCCCAAUCUAUAAACAAUCAUAGCAUCAUAUAGCAGAUAUUUGCAGAUCAUUAUUGUUACUUAUUAAACAGCCAUAACUGUUUUUUAUUAGAAUUCUGAGUAUAUCUAAGGGCAAGAUUUUACAUAUUUUUAUCAGUUAAUUUCUUUCCAUUAUAUUGAGGGUUCAUAAUCCUCAAAAGCCCAUUUGGAUUUAAUUUCCAUUACUCUUUUUGACCAGAGGUUUAUUCUGAGCCAUUAUGUUUGCCAUAUAGCGUGUUUAAGUGUUCUUUUCCAGCUGGAAACGUUGUAUGGAUGUGCAGGGACCUAAAAUCUAAAUAAGAACGGCUCUUUUCCAAAAGAAUCUAUUUUUUCGGUAAAGGAAAAAAAAUCCGUGGGCCUUAAGUGACUUCCCGUCCGUCAGAGUAGCAAAGACAAAGUGGUCAUUGACACAUUUUCCUCUCUGUAUUCACCGAAUACAGAAAUCCCCCGAAUCACUGAGCUCUUGGUGUAACUGUAAGGCAAGACGUGCUGCACUGGACGUCCUCAUUCUGGACGUGUCCUCUGCAUCGGGAGGCAGAACGCGAUACGGCCCUUGGUCUUUGUGAGCCUCCUGGGGAUGGAGGGAGGGACAAGUGACACUCCACGCCAGGAAAACAUUCCCGGGGUUCGCCAGCGCUGGAGAUUUGGUGCGUGAGGACAGUUGGGGGACCCUCACAACGGCUUUGAGAGAUCCACACUAAUCACAGUAUAGAAAGCUCCAGUUGUACCAGGACUUUCCCCCCCCCAAGGCCGAGCUGAUGCUGCGCCUUUGUUGAGCUUGUGUGCUGGAUGUGGCGCAGAGCAAGAGGGAUUUCUGGGGAUGGAGUCUCCUUCUCAUCAAUAAGAGUGAAAGGUGGGGAGAAAUGCUGCUGUUGGUCGGAGGUUACGCACAUCUGGCAACUCCUCUGUGGUUAACCACUCCCGAUGUAUUUUCUAUGUGUCUGGUUUGUGUGCGUAUGAGAGAGUGAGUGAGAGUGCGAUUGUGAAGAGAUACUGUUUAUCCACCUGGAACAUUUUUAUUGAACGCGUUGUAUUGUGUGUUUUUUUUUUUUAUAACAUAGCAUUUGAGAAUUAUAGUUGGAAUUAUUAUGAGUAAGCAAUCCACUAUUCCGAUGAAGAUUUCCUUUCGAACCGAUCUGUGCUUUGUGGUUUUGAUUGUUCAACUGGUCAAAACGGUUUAUGUUUGACAUCCAUUUUCUUCUGGGUGAAAACGUGUCUAUUGUUUGUGUAAAUACUGAAUCAAUAUAACAUCCUUAGCGAUCCAUUUUUUCAUGUUGGUCAGACAUGAUUUGUGCCUCAUGACGCUCAAAUAUUUGGGUUUAAUGUUUGAAAUGGUUUGUUCCUGGUGUCUCACUAUAUCUUGAUGCCUGGGAUGUUUUUUAGAUUCAUUUUUCUUUAGGUCCAUAUUGGAUGGAAGUCAGUUUUUGGAAACAUUUAUACACACACUUUUUAUGUUUGAGAUACUUCUAAUUUUAUAUCAUGUGUCUUCAAAAUAUUAAAGAAAGCUCAUCUUUCCAUGGACUUAUUUAGAUUUUCUAAAUAAACGGUACUACAUAUUUUUACGAGUAAUGACCAGACAGAAGAUUCUAUUUGUUGAUUCAGGGUUUACGGUCAGCUGCUGUAAGCUUUGCCCUAAUUGAUCAAGUACUACUCAAGACUGUCACACACACUCAUUCAGUUAUUUGAGUGUUCGUCACUUUAAUUUGGCUCUUUACUGUUUAGUGCAUAUUAAUGUCAAAGUAGCCCUGUUUUUGAACUUGGACAUGUAUAUUCAGUUAAAUACUCAACUCGAGGCUUGACUGACAUGAAUGUUUAACGUCACGUGAAAUGCCAUCAGACCAUUUACUGUUGGAUGUUCGACCAUAAACAACAUGUAUUUACUCGCACACACCUUCCCAUCGUACUUCGGUAGCUUUUCUGGGCAUAUAUUUGGAUACGUGUGUCAAUUUUGGUCAAAUAAUAUUUUUUUUUACUAAAUUGUGUUUGUUUUUCAAACCCCUCUUUUCCUGUAGAACAGUAUUUACCAGCUGUGUGUGUGUGUGUGUGUGUGUGUGUGUUUGUGUGUGUGUGAGAGAGAUACUUGCAUUGAUAAAUGUACUGAAGGAACGUGUGCAUCAACCCCCCUCAUGUAUCAUAUAAAGGUUAUCAAAUUGCGAUUUAUUGCAAUGUGAAUGUGAUAAAGUCCAUUUUACACUUUAA